AUGUCAUCAAAUAACGAUUUCAAAAAUGAAAUCGACCAAUUGAACGAAUCAACUGUAUCUUCUAUAACUGUUGAUCGGUUAGACGAUGUUAAUCAUUCGACAAUAAAUGCCAAGCAAUUAACGCCGCGUCGAUCUUCGACAUGGCCUCUUGUUCCUCCAGACCUUCCAAAUAAUAAUACUUCGUCUGCAAGACAUAGUGCUGACAGCAUAAUGCCUGCUUCUAAACAUGUUAGAAAUCUAUCUUUGAGCCAACGAAUAAAUCAGUCAUUAAAUCAGAAACGAGAAAGUCUUAAAUAUGCAGCAAAAAGAAUAUCAUCAAUAGUAACUGGCUCUAAGGAAGAUAUCAUCAUUCGUAAAAUUCCAAUCAUUCCGGAGAGAACUGAUCCGCUAAUAGAUCCUAAAACUAACUCCCCAUUUAUUAGCAAUUCUAUAAGAACUUCAC